GAGACCAGUUACGAGGUAAAUUAGGAGAGAUGAUUUUUGCCUUAAGUAUUGUAUAAUAAAGGAAACGUCUCUGAAUAUUUUACAAUAUGAAGCUAUCACUAUGGACUAUCGUCGUAACAAUUUUAAUUUCUGAUGGUGUAGCAGAAAAUGUGACGUCAUUCUUGACAAAUACUACAUAUAGAAAAAACAAUAUAAUAGAGGGCAACAAGACAAAUUCAAACCCAACAUAUACAUUGCAAUUCCUGAAAUAUCCCAAUUAUUUAUGGUUUAUCAGUGGUUUCCUAGCUGGUGUAGGUGGUGUGUCCCUAAUAUUCCUUAUGCAUUUAUGUCAGAUACGGUGGUACAUCUGGACCGCGCUUAGAUUCCUUCGGCGAAUUUGUUUUGGUGACGCAGCAAACAUAUAUACUUUUCCAGACGAACGAAAUGCGAUUCCGAAUUACGGACAUGCCUUACGAGAAAGAGUUCUUGAUGUAAGUAAUGCAGUGCAUCGGGUGAGAUCUGUUUUGUUUAGUUAUUGCAAUGUGUACUUGUUCUAAAUUAAUAUUUUAUCACGUAUAGUG